GGAGUAGCCUAUUAGCAUUCAGAGAGUGAAACACAUAUGUAACACAUAGAACGAGUUUUCCUGCUGUUUUAAUUUCCCUUCUAUUUUACCCUUAUGCAUAAGAUUCUAGGUAGGAUUGUUAUAUCAAUGUGGUUCCUGAGAUGACUACGCAUUGUGAUAUGAGUAAUUUGCGCCGAAAAUGUGUAUCUGGAACGCACCCAGAAUCUACGCAUUUUACGUUUCUCGACUGUUUACUAGCCAUCGGACUACGAUUUGGAAACAUUGCCUAAAACGCCAAUACGGUGGUAUUUUAUUCACAAAAUGACCAAGUUGAAGCUGCUAAAUGUGUUUUUAAGUGAGAGAUUAGCUGCAGCUGCUAAAGAAAUAUUUAUAGAGGUGGAAAAUAUUUUAAUCGAAUACCAGGAAGAAAUCACUCGUUCAAAGGCAGAGAAUGACCGUCUUCGCGGGCUACUGGACGUCGCUUUCCAGUUUACGCCAGCACAACAGCCCAUUCAGCUUAUAGCCUCUGAUGAGGAGGUUUCCCCUAAGCAUCAGCAGCACUGUGAACAAGAGUGGAGCCCCAGUCUGGGCCAGGAGGACCCAGAGCCAACACAGUUUAAAGAGGAACAUGAGCUCAGGACCAGUCAGUUGGAAGAUCAGUUUCAAGGGCUGGAAUCGGAUACAGAAUCCAUAUUCACUCCUUCCUGUGUGAAAAGUGACUAUAAUCAGGAUUCGCCUCAGCCCUUAAAUCUUUACCAAAUUCAAACUGUGGAGGUUGGAGAGGGAAACUCUCCGUCUCUCCCCGCCAACAAAACUGAAGCAAUCAAACCAGAACCCGAAGGAGAGGGCUUUGAAAUAUCCGAACCAAGCAAUCCACAAUCCUUCUAUGCCAUGAAUCUAGACAAUGCCGAAGCUCAGAGUGAAAAUGGUAUAUAUUUCAAUGAGAUAGACAGUGAUGGACUUCCCUCUGAGUUUGAGGUACCACAGCCAAAUCAACCAAGGAGUGCCAGAAGAGGGCAAAGAAUAUGCACAGCGAAGACUGUGAAAAAGAACCCUGAUGAGAAGCCGUACCAGUGCAACGUCUGUGGGAAAAGUUUUCAUCACAUGUCCAAACUUAGAACACAUCUAAGGGUACACACAGGAGAGAGGCCAUUCAGCUGUCCAGAGUGUGGGAAAUGUUUCAGCCAGUCUGGCGAAGUCAACAGACACCUUAAAACACACAAUCGGCACAGGGCCUAUUUAUCCGGCCUAUGAGGGAGAUGCACCCUCUCUCGUGUCGAACUAUGAAUAAAAAAUAAUAAAGAUAGCUGUUUUUUGUUUGAAAACAAGUGUUCUUGCUAUUUAUUUAUAGCGGUGGGAAAUAUUAUGCCUACCAUUCCACUCAGUUCAGCAGGACAGCAUUUGUUUGUUUGUCCUGUGGCAGUUGAAAUAGCAUUAGCCAAAAUUGACCCCAAUUGUUAUACUGUCUUGUUUACCAAUGUACACAUGAAAUCCAUUCAGAAACAUAUUUAGACUGACUCACUCUUGGUACUCAUUGGACCCUAAAUGUAGGCCUAAUCUCUGUUCAUGUUGUGGUAUGAAUAGUGUUGCUUAAAACAGAAAAUGUGACCAUUGUACAUGAAUGUCUUUAUUGCAUAUUUUGUGGCGUUUGAACAUGUCUGUUUUCCAUUGGGGUGUUUCAUAGCCAUUAGUAUUGCUUGACUUGGACUUGCUACGUCAAUCUGAAGGCCCUUCAGAUCUUGGACCCUGGAGAUCACAGGACAGGGCAUGGUCGAAAAAUGUCGUAAACAUUCAUUGCACUGCUAGCCAACUGUAUUUUAAAACAUUUUUGAUUUGGAAUCAGGGAGAUAUGUUGUUCUUGCAUUGGUUUACGCAUGGACAUGAACUGUAUUUAUAUUACUUUAGCAAAUUCGGGUGGUAGCCUCGACCGGGACUCGAACCCGAUUCAAGCGAUUGUCAAGCCAAAACAUUAACCGUUAAGCCAAGUGGGCCAAACCUCUUGAAUAGGGUUGAUAGGUGUUGGGUUAAAGUCACUGCACUAACCCCUUCCUUCGGGAGAGCAUGUCCCCACACUUCUAUGUACCGAGUCCCUCACGUGGAUACGCCUCUCCGAUGGCCCCACAGGCUUCCAUCCUACUUCUGACACCAGUGUAGCAAAUUUGGGGGGUAUCCCUGACCAGGACUUGGUCCAGCGACUGUAAAGCCAACACCUUAAACGUUAAAGGGAUACUUCAAGAUUUUGGCAAUUAUGCCCUUUAUCUACUUCCCCAGAUGAACUCGUGGAUACCAUUUUUAUGUCUCAGUAGCUAGGUUUCCAUCCAAUUUGCAACAGAUUUUCAUGCGAAUAUUUCAAAAAAAAUCUGCAUAAAAACAAUAUGCAUAUUUUCCCAGCAGAGAUGUGUUUCCAUCAAAUUGACUUGUUGCAGAUAAAAGGUUGUGCAUGAUGACGAAGUGCCCAUCAAAAAACCUAUUGCGGUUAAAUAAAAAAAUGCAAGUUCAAAUUGCUUUCCACCACA